CAACAUAUGCACAUUGAUUAGAUAAGACAUUUGAUCAUGAAUGGUUACGGUGCAGACGUCUAAAAAUCGGAUAUUAACACAUAAAAAAGAAUCAAAAGGAUAGGUAUGCCAAGACAUCAGAUUAUUUUUUUCCUCCUCCCAACCAUUCUCAUAUAUACUGUUUUUGUAAUUAUCAUUGCACACUACAGUACCUUUCAAGGGAGACAUCGACCAAAGACUAUUAAAACAUAUGGAAAGCCGCUUUCAAAGGGACAAACAUUUCUUCCCAAUAUGACAUUGAGGUAUGUACGUAAUCCUGGACCGAUGAAAAUAGUUCAGGAAGUCGAUUGUCAGCAAAUUAUUGAAGGUAAAGACGACUAUAUCGCGCAUGUGUCUGAACUGAUGAAAGAAAUGGAGUAUACUUUUCUAAGCGACAGUGAAAUUGAAGAGCUUGCGAUGAAUUGUGACAAGUUUUUGAAUACCUUUGACUAUAAUCGAUUCAUAGUGUCACAAAUUGAACUAGAUUUUCCCAUUGCAUAUUCCAUACUAACAUACAAAGAUGUUGUUCAGACUGAAAAACUUCUCAGGGCUAUAUACCGGCCUCACAAUGUUUACUGCAUACACGUGGAUCGUAGUUCCGGUCUUUCAUUGCAUAAUGCCAUUAAAGCUGUUUCAAAAUGUCUGUCUAAUGUUUUCGUUGCCUCGACGCUGGAGGAUGUCAUCUACGAGGGUUAUUCUCGACUGAAAGCAGACAUCAACUGUAUGUCUGACCUCUUGAAUUAUUCAGAUGUAAAUUGGAAAUAUCUCAUCAAUUUACCUUCUCAAGAAUAUCCCUUGAAAACUAAUUCAGAAAUUGUGAAAGUGUUACAUACAUUAAACGGAACAAACAGCAUUGAAAGCUAUUAUUACGAACCAACACACUACCGAAUCAAUCAGACAUACCAAGAAAAUUACAAAACAUCCAAAUUGGAACUUACGGGAGAAAUCAAAGCUCCACCCCCUCAUAACGUAACGGUAGCAAAAGGGAGUGCAUACGGUACAUUUAGCAGACGUUUUGUGGAGUUUGCCUUGAGAAAUCCCAAAGCAAGGGACAUCCUGAAAUGGACUGAAGAUACUUUGAGCCCAGAUGAAACUUUCUGGGCCACUCUUGCUUUCAACAAAAACCUUGAUGCUCCAGGCAUACAAUACUCAGAUUUAGGGGUUCCAAACCCGAAAUUAUGGAUAACUGUUGGUGUGAUGUGGCAAUCCAAGGGAUCAGCAAGGGAGGUCUGUCAUGGGAUGUACGUCCGAAAUAUAUGUGUUUUCGGAUUGGGAGACUUAAAUAAAAUAGUACACGAAAAAACACUUUUUAUCAACAAAUUCUAUCACUAUUAUCAACCUUUUGCCUUGAUGUGUAUGGAAGAAUGGUAUUUUAACAAGACGUUUACAACUGUACCUUUUGAAAGUUAUUAUUAUAACCGUUUAAUAAAAUCUUAAGAUAGUUACACAUCUAUGGAUCAGAAGAAAUUGAAAUGCGUAGCUUUACUCUAUAUUCUAUAGAAUUAACGGAGCUAUUUUUUGUGUAUAUGAAAGUAAAAGUUUCUAACAUCCCAGGCAAAUUAUUGCGAUACACUGUUCUUAAUUCUUUGACCAUGACAAUAAUUAGAUAUAAACUAGAUACGAUCUCGUUACGAGUAACGAGGAGGUCUUCCGUUCAAUGUUUUAAACGAUACCAUUAAAAUAUCAAUGGAAUUUCAGAAUGUCCACUCAACACCUCCCAUUCAGAUAAUGUACUUCACAAAGUGUUUUGCUUUUUCACAUACAGCACAUUAAAGAUUUAAGGUUUUAGUCCCCUAAAAAUCCCUAAUUACCUCAUCAAUGGGUGUGGCAAUGAGUUUUACACCCUGAUAUUGUUACGAUCAACAAUUUUGCUUCUAUAAUGCUUUACUAAAUCUUGAUCGUUUUUCAGGUAUGUGUAAGAGACUUUAC